AUGACCAUCUCAAUGCCUAAUCAGACGGCUGUCACUGAGUUUAUCCUCCUCGGUUUCCCAGGGCUACAGCCCAGUUUCUUUCUUCCAGUCUCAUUGGCAAUGUCUCUUGAAUAUAUUAUUUCACUGAUUGCAAAUAGCACCGUCAUCAUCUUAAUUAUCCUGAGAGAACAACUCCACCAGCCCAUGUAUAUUAUUAUUGCCAACCUCGCUCUCUCCGACCUUUUCUAUGACACAAUAGCGUUACCUAAAAUCAUUGCCAAAUAUUGGUUUGGUGCAGGGUCUAUAACAUUCCAUGGGUGCUUCUUCCAGCUCUUCUGUGUCCAUUCCCUUGGAAGCCUUGACUCCCUCAUCAUUAUGCUGAUGGCUAUUGACCGUUAUGUUGCUAUCUGCCAGCCUCUCAGGUAUCACUCCAUUAUUACCAAUAAGCUGGUGGCUCUAUUUUGCUGCUUUUCCUGGCUUUUUGCUGCCUUAAUUGGAUUAAUUAUAACUUUAAUUGCUGUACAAGUUCCUUACUGUGGCCCAAACCGUGUCAAGAACUGUGUCUGUGCCAGCCAAGCUGUAAUAGUGUUGGCGUGUGUUGAUACUACUUUGGAAAGAAGAAAAGGCUUUAUUAUUGCUAUGUGUGUGCACCUCUUCCCAUUGGCUGUUAUUAUACUCUCAUAUAUUCUCAUAAUCAGGGUUGUGCACUUAUCCGCCAACAAUGGGAACUGGCAGAAGGCAUUUUAUACCUGUACCACUCAUGUAAUUGUCAUUGGCCUGUACUUUAUCCCCAGGUUGUGUUUAUAUAUUAUCAAUCUGAUCCCUUUGGUUCUUGACCCCGAUAUAAACAUGUUAAUUGUUUUUCUCUUCACGUUUGUUCCGCACUUCGCCAAUCCCAUUAUUUUUUGUCUUCGAACCAAAGAAAUCAGGAAUAUUUUGGGGCAAAUAUGCGAUAGCAUUUGCCCCAGAGCUGAGCUCAGAUUUAGAACUCCAGCGAAGAGGCAUUGUUCUAGUAUUAUUUUAAAGGGUCAAUAA